UAAAACAUCGUACCCACAGCGAAUUAAAAAAAAAACCGAAAGUAGCAAUGUGUGAAACACAAGAUCAUUUCCUUGUUGUGGAACAGUCUCAGUACUAUAGGAAAAGCAGAUCGCUUCGUGUCAUAUUAUUUCUGAAUCCCCGUGUUCCAGUUGUUCAAACAAUUAGAACCAGCGCUUGGAGUUUAGAUAUUUGAACUGAGCAGUUUUGCCGGUCUAUCAGGUGUACGCGUUAGGUAACGCUAAAUUCGCAAGCUAACGUUAUUGCCACCCAAGUUAUUUUCUAGCUAUGUCUGCCUUCACAGUCGCUGCACCACUUCGAGUUCUCUGUGUCCAUGGCUAUCGACAAAACAGCGACUCUUUCCGUGACAAGACUGGGGCUCUUAGGAAGCUUCUGAAGAAACACGUUGAGUGGGUGUACAUUAACGCGCCUCACAGCGUUUCGCAAAGAAUGGACGUUUUGCAGGGACAGGAACAAAAAGAGGUGGCCAAAGAUGAAGAAGACCCCAGGGGUUGGUGGUUCUCAGAUGUCCAGGCUCGGAGCUUUGAUGCUGGGCAAGUGUGUGAGGCCAGUCUUGGGCUGGAGGAGAGCUUGGAGGCUGUGAAGAAGGCCGUUCGGGAGUUGGGUCCCUUUGAUGGGAUUCUGGGCUUCAGUCAGGGAGCUGCACUGGUGGCCAUGGUGUGUGCAUUACAAGAACAAGUUUCCACUGAUUUCAAAUUUCAGUUUGCCAUUUUAGUGGCUGGCUUCCAAAGUGUGUGUGCUCAGCAUGAAAGGUUUUACACUGGCACAGCCCUCACCAUCCCCUCGCUGCAUGUAUUUGGACAGAAAGACGGUGUGAUCCCUGACAGGCUCAGUAGAGAACUCCUCUCUAGAUUUGAGAACCCUCAGGUCCUGACUCACCCUGGUGGCCAUUUUGUACCGGCAGCCUCUGCACAUAGACAGACAUACCAGGAAUUUCUCAGGAGAUUCCAGUGCUAGGGAGGGGCUGGAAUGAAGUUUGCUCAGAUGCACUGGGAAUGGUCAGUACAUUGCCUUAAGCCAGCCUUCGCUAACAGAUUGAAUCAUAACCUGAUGUAAUUGACACACUGAUCCACAAAUAACUCAAUUAGCUGAAGCUUGGAGGUAUUGAAGAGAGAGAUUCUGAUUUCCAUUGCACAGAAGAGUUAGCCUAUAUCUUACCCCUAGACAAGCAGUCCAGGUCUGGUUACUGGUAUACAAUGGUAAAACCUUUCUUAGACAUAAGACAAUGACAUACUCAUGUUAACAUACCCACGUCUGAAGAUUUGUUUCUGGCAUGUUCUGUAAUGCUGAUCCACCCAAUUUUUCUUUGCUAAUGUAAAAUAUAGUUGGAUACAAUU